AGUGCUCAACGUGUCGUCGUGCUGUGAAAAAGUCGUACUGGAAAUUGGGCAGUUCUCAGACAGCGCUAGUCCACCCACCGCCAGCUGCUCGAACCCAAGCUGCUGCUACACUACGUAUGCGGAAUUGCCGCCGGUUGUAAAAAACAGCAGAGCAAACAGUUUUGCAUAAUAUCUAUAGCAAAUAUAAAUAACAAAUAAAAGCAACAGCAAGCGAAUUAGUGUUUGAACGCAAUCAACAGUUUAAUGUUUUCAGAAAUAUUACAAAAAAAAAAAACAACAACAAUAACAAACAAAUGCUUGUGAAGUGCAGCGUAAAGCGAUUUGUCGCAUUUUUCUAAUUCACAUUCACCCGCAAUUUCCGCAGCCAAAACGCCGCUCGUGUUAUCAGGCAGGCAGAAUAACUUACAGCAACAAAAACCAACACAAACAAUAAUAAUAAAUAAUAAAAAAAAAACAAUAACAAAGUCAGGCAGAGACGUCAAAAAAUACUUGAAAAGUAAAGCAAAAGCAAUUUGCGGCGAAAUGUGAGUGCAUUUGCUUUUGACGCCAGCGCCGCAGUCGACGCACAUGUGUGUGUGUGUGUGUGUGAAUGUGUUUAAUAGAUAAUGUUUUAUGUUUAGGCUGAAUAAAUCCUAAAUUAAAUCAAGUUGACAGCACGUGGGGGGCAAAUCAAACAGAAAUGAACUGUUGAAUGGCUGUCGAGGAUUAGAUAGAAGCUCCCAGCCCAUUUGCGCGUGGAUAUUUAAGGCCGCCAAUAUUAAAAAAAGGCAUCAGGGCCGGAAGCGAACGUGCAUGAACUAAAAUCUAGAGGCUAAAGUAACAGACACAACCACAGCCACAGGCUCAGCUACAAGGGCUGAAGAUGACAACACACAACCAUUUGACGGAAACAGUUUGAGUCGCACUCAUCAAUUACCCCUUCCAGCGGGCACCUGCGCUGCUUCGCUGCCCAUUAAAGUCGGAGCUAACCAAACAGCAGGCUGUUAGGCAACAGGCGAUAGCAACAGGUCGUCAGAACUUUGCUAAGAGACCCAACCCCAAGCACAUAAGUGGCCAUCUACGUGACUUUAUCAGCACACGCAGCUGGAGCCGCAGUCAAGCGCUUAACUGAAGAGCGUCGCACAAGGUGGAGGCGGCACAUUAACCAGCAGAUUGGGGCUGAUUUACUGGAUGUGUGAACAGCUAGAAUAAUGAGUAUAUGCAGCAGUCCGGCAUCACAGCAAAUCCGUAACCGUAUCCACAAACAGUGAGCAUCAUGACCGAUGUGUCUGCGGCAGCUGCCGGUGCCGCCGGUGGCGCCUGCGAGCGCACACGCACAACAAACUCAGAGGCGCCAGCCGAGUCUGCGUCCAUAACAACGUCUACAUCAGUGUCCACGAAACCACUAAUCAAUGGUGCCAAAAAGGCGACACAGCCCGCAACGGCAACGGCAACGGCAACAACAACAGCAGGAACAGCAACAGCAAUUGCAACCACAAGCAAUCAAGCCAAAUUGGAGCGUCACUUGCAGAGCAACAACAAUCAACAUGCAGCCGCAGAAACGCCGACGUCGCCGUCGCCGUCGGCGUCGCCAUCGCAGCCGUCGCAACCAUCGCUGGCCAAGCCAAAGGUUUCCGCUGACAACGAAUCGUGUGGACCUGCGGCCAGCGACAGUUCGAGUGCCGCAUCUGGUUCCAUGGCGUCCGCCAAGUGCAGCAGCAAGCAGGAUGUUGACGAGGUGGCCCGCCUGUUUGAGGAGAAGCCCGAGGCAUUUGAGAAAUGGCUAACGGAACGUGCCCCACCUGAGGCGCUGAGUCGCCUACAGGAGUUCAUUGAGAGCCGUAAGCCGCACAAACGGCCCUCGGUCACAUCGGAUUUGUUCCAGCAGUGGAUGGCCUCGCCCGUAGUGCAGAAGAAGUCACCGCGCAAGCUUUCCAAUUCAUCGGUGCAUGCGCUGCCCGAAAGUCGACGCCAUUUGAUGGAACUGGACGAGGGUGAGCUCUUCAUGGAGCUGAUACGCGACGUGGCCAAUGAGCUGGACAUUGAUGUGCUCUGCCACAAGAUAUUAGUGAAUGUCGGCCUGCUGACCCAUGCGGAUCGGGGAUCCCUCUUUCUGGCCAAGGGCACGCCCAACAACAAGUAUCUGGUGGCCAAACUGUUUGACGUCACACAAAAGACAGCUCUCAAGGAUGCGGUGACACGGGCGCGAGCCGAGGAGAUUAUUAUACCGUUUGGCAUUGGCAUCGCUGGCAUGGUGGCGCAGACAAAGGAGAUGAUUAACAUCAAGGAGGCCUACAUGGAUGCGCGCUUCAAUUGCGAAAUCGAUCUAAAGACCGGCUACAAAACGAACGCCAUACUCUGCAUGCCCAUUUGCAAUUACGAGGGCGACAUUAUAGGCGUGGCACAAAUCAUCAAUAAAACGAAUGGCUGCAUGGAAUUCGAUGAGCACGAUGUGGAAAUAUUUCGCAGAUAUUUAACAUUCUGCGGCAUUGGCAUACAGAAUGCACAGCUUUUCGAAAUGUCCGUCCAGGAGUAUAGACGCAAUCAAAUCCUUUUGAAUCUGGCGCGCAGCAUCUUCGAGGAGCAGAACAAUCUCGAGUGCCUUGUCACCAAAAUCAUGACCGAGGCCCGCGAACUGCUCAAAUGUGAACGAUGCUCGGUAUUCCUGGUCGAUCUGGACUGCUGCGAGGAGAGCCAUUUGGAGAAGAUAAUCGAGAAGCCUCAUCAGCUGGAGCUGCGCGCCACGCGUGCCAUUCAAAGCGGCGACAGCUUCGAGGAAAAGCCUUCAAUCCAUUAUCCUUAUCCUUGUCGCUUGCAGCAAAAGAUGCGCAAUCGUUUCACAGUUCUUUUCGAGCUGGGUGGCGAAUCUCAGGCAGCGAACGUAUCCAGGCCCUCCAUCAAUGAUCUGAGCCACUCGACGCUGGCGCAGAUCGCACAAUUUGUGGCCACCACCGGACAAACGGUGAACAUUUGCGAUGUCCACGAUUGGGUGAGGGAGCACAAUCAAAUCCGCGCUGAGGGAGAGAUCGAUAGCACACAUGCCAUACUCUGUAUGCCCAUUGUGAAUGCCCAGAAGACGGUCAUAGGCGUGGCACAAUUGAUAAACAAGGCGAGCGGUUUGCCCUUCACCGAAUCGGAUGCCUCCAUAUUUGAGGCGUUUGCCAUAUUCUGCGGACUGGGCAUACACAACACACAGAUGUACGAGAACGCCUGCAAGCUGAUGGCCAAGCAGAAGGUGGCGCUGGAGUGCCUCAGCUAUCAUGCCACGGCCGGUCAGGAUCAGACGGAGAAGCUCAUACAGGAUCCCAUUGCCGAGGCCGAGACGUACAAUUUGUACAGCUUCACCUUCACGGACUUCGAUCUGGUCGAUGACGACACUUGUCGCGCAGUGCUGCGCAUGUUUAUGCAAUGCAACCUAGUCUCACAGUUCCACAUACCCUACGAUGUGCUCUGUCGCUGGGUGCUGAGCGUACGCAAAAAUUAUCGUCCCGUCAAGUAUCACAAUUGGCGACAUGCUCUAAACGUGGCUCAGACAAUGUUCGCCAUGCUUAAGACGGGCAAAAUGGAACGUUUUAUGACCGAUCUGGAGAUACUUGGCCUGCUGGUGGCCUGUUUGUGUCACGAUCUCGAUCAUCGCGGCACCAACAAUGCAUUCCAAACCAAAACCGAAUCCCCAUUGGCUAUACUCUAUACCACCAGCACCAUGGAGCAUCAUCAUUUCGAUCAGUGUGUUAUGAUACUCAACUCCGAGGGCAACAAUAUAUUCCAGGCGCUGUCGACCGAAGACUAUCGCUCUGUUAUGAAGACUGUGGAAAGCGCUAUACUUUCCACCGAUUUGGCAAUGUAUUUUAAGAAGCGUAACGCAUUUCUCGAACUGGUCGAAAACGGCGAAUUUGACUGGCAGGGCGAGGAGAAGAAAGAUUUGCUGUGUGGCAUGAUGAUGACGGCCUGCGAUGUAAGUGCCAUAGCCAAGCCCUGGGAGGUGCAACAUCGCGUGGCCAAGCUGGUGGCCGAUGAGUUCUUCGACCAGGGCGAUCUGGAGAAGCUGCAGCUGAACACGCAGCCAGUGGCCAUGAUGGACAGGGAACGCAAGGAUGAGCUGCCCAAAAUGCAGGUGGGCUUCAUUGAUGUCAUUUGCUUGCCGCUCUAUCGCGUAUUAUGCGACACAUUCCCAUGGAUAACGCCGCUGUACGAGGGCACGCUGGAGAAUCGACGCAACUGGCAGGACUUGGCUGAAAAGGUGGAAAUGGGCCUAACCUGGAUCGACCAUGAUACGAUUGACAAGCCAGUGGAGGAGUUUGCGGGCUGUGCCGAUGAGGAGAUCAAGGACAUUGAGUUCACAGUGACCACGCUCAAUUGCAAUCAGCAGUCGCAGCAUGGCGGCGACGAUAGCCACACGCCGGAGCAUCAGCGCAGCGGCUCAAGGCUGAGCAUCAAAAAGACCGGCGCCCUGGGCAAAGUAGUGCGCUCCAAGCUAUCAAAGACGCUUUACAACAGCAUGGAUGGCUCCAAGCCGAAGACAUCGCUCAAGCUGCUCGAGUCGCAUGUCAGCGAGGAUAUGGACGACAAGAGUCCGACGAGCCCAUCUCAGCCGCAUUUGGGCAGCGUUGGGCGGAUGUCCGCAUCCUCAUCCACAUCGUCUGCCGGCACCGUCGACAAGAGCAAGAAACGCUCCAAGCUGUGCGCGUUAUUAUGACGAAAGCCCUCCAAUUAGAGUUUGCUGACCCCCUCCAGUGCGGCUGGCAGUGAGACUGACAAAAGCGGAGGGGGGCUGACCGACUUCUAAUUGCCUGAACUUGGCUGGACAGUGUGCUAAGCAACAAAUGCCAGCCAGCAAUCCUUACAUUUAACAUCUUGAAUGACAUUGUCUUAACUAACUACUAUAGUAUCUAAUUUAUGUGCAGUUCAAGUUGAAUGAAUACCUUUUUUGGUUACUCUACGUGUAUAUGCCUAUAAGUAGAGAACAACACACACACACACACACACACACACACACAGACACAAACAUACCCAAACAGCAGAGAUAAUUGCAAUAUUAUACCUAAGUGAAUGUCAAAUCAUGUGAUCUAUUUAAGGUCCUAAAGGUCAAAGCGCAUGCGCGUUAUGCCUUUCGGUAUACUCUCUCCUUCUCUCUAACUCUCUAUCGGAAUCUGAAUCUUACCUGUAAGCUCUUAGGUGUUUGUACUCCGCUCGCAGCUAAAACCAAACACUAUAUCUAAAUAGAUUAUCAAUAUUAAGUAGUUCUCUUCUCGUAAUCGAACCGUGCUAGUCAAGAGUAUGAAAUACCAACUAUAUAGCAUAUAUACUUACAUACAUUCACACUUACAUUUAUAGUAUGUGUAACCUUGUGUAUGUUUAAGCAUGAAAUUUAAUGAGGCUAUGACACAUAUAACAUAUAUUGGCUAUCAAGGUUAAUGUACCCAAAAACUAUUACAACUAGUCCGCAUGUGAUAUCUACAUACACGUGUUGUACUCGACCUAUGGUAAGUUGUGGUUAAAGCUUUUACUAUCUAGAUGGCAUAACUAAUUAAAAUACAAUCUACACUAAAUUAACAAUUAACUAUAGUAAAGCACAAUUUGUGUGUUAAAUAGCAACACGCAAUUAACCUACUCGUAUAUGUUUAGUUAAACAAAAAGAACUUGUGAAGAAUACAAACUAUAGCAAUAUUAUAUGAUAUUUCUAGACUAGCUAAACUAUCUAACAUAUAUACAAAAAUCAAAAGACACUCAAAUAAAUAUGGUAUGUACUUUGUCAUUUGUGAGCACAGCACAGGAUGAGAAUAUUGUAAACUUAAUACAUACCAACGUUUAAAUAUUGAAAAAUAAUAAUAAUAAUAAUGAAAAAUUAAUUGUAGAGACAAAAAAUAAACACAUAUUAAAUGCGUUGCGUGGCGUCAAUUUUGUCAAUUUUUGAAUUCAACUCAAAUCUAAAUGGCAGAUAAGCAAAUCGUUAGUAUAUUCUAUUAGCACCUAUUCAAAUAGUGAUUAACUAUUUAUAUUAACUAAAAGAUAUGCGCACUAUUGUGUAUCCCAAUCUCUCUCUCUCUC